ACCGAACUUCAAGUGUCAUUGACUCGCCCGGUGCGAAGGAGUUCCAGAAAGCUACCCCUCUUUCGCCCCUCUCGUCUUGAACACCGAACCGGUCAAUUGCUCGUCAAGCGCUAAGGAAGUCAACAUGCCCCCCAAGACAGGUGGUCGCGGUCGCGGUCGCAAGAGCGUUACGGCGGCGCCGCGACAAUCAACAGCUGGCGACCGUGCUGCCGCAAGCUCCUCAACAGCAGCUACAACGGCAUCGCCGGCGGCCAAGAAAGUGCGCAAAUCCACUGGAGCGACUAGGGGAGGGAAAAGGCCUGCUGGAAAGGCACCCAGAGAGUCCGAUGUUCAGCCUGGUGACCCCACACCACAAGGACGUGUACGCCGCUACAAGCCCGGAACCGUGGCUCUCAAGGAGAUCCGCAAGUACCAGCGCUCGUACGAUCUGCUUAUCCAAAAGCUUCCUUUCGCUCGGCUGGUCCGCGAGGUCGCGCUUGACCUCCUCCCUUCAGAAGUUGGCGCCGAGCUGCGGUGGCAGUCGCAUGCGAUCCAAGCGCUCCAGGAAGCAGCCGAAGCUUUCCUUGUACAUCUCUUCGAGGACACCAACCUCUGCGCGAUUCACGCCAAGCGCGUGACCAUCAUGCAGAAAGAUAUUCAACUUGCUCGACGCAUCCGUGGUGUCUGGGGUGGUUUGGGCUAAACAUCACACCAAUAAAUACCCCUUCUAUCAUUCAAAAAGGAGAAGAAGAACAGGUCCAAAGAAAAGAUCGAAAUUCAGACAAAACGCCCAUGAACAAAAGCCAGUUUCUUGUCUACUUUCACCAUCUACCUACUCUACCCCACCACCUGUCUGAUUUCAUCUCUUUCUCUAUCUUACUUCUCUCCUUUCCGACUUUGUUAUAAUCCAACAGUGGGGAAAUCUCGUUCAUCAUCAUUUUAUUUUUGCUGCCA